UGAAUGGGUGAACAUGUUAAAGUUGAAGGACUGCGAAAUUUGAGGACAAGUACAAAACGCAAAUGAAGCAGUGCUCAAAUAGCUACGUGUAAGAUUAAGGUCUCAUUGACGGGGAUCGGAUGGCAAAAAUUACCAUGUUGAGUUAGUUGGUUGGUUUAUCUAGGCGGUGAUCUGUGACUUAUUUUGCACUCCUCGUGCUUCCCGUUUAUUAGUUUAUUUGUCGUUUGCUGGAACUACAGUAUUUGUUGUUUUAAAACAAUUCAGUUUGGUUCCGGAUGUUGGUAACUUGUUGCUGUUUUUUGUAGUUCGUAAUCAACUUGUGAUAUAUUUGACACAGCACAGAGAGGAGUGCAAAAAACAAGAUUUCUUAUUUCUUCAUGUGCAUACUUUAUCCGGCGGGGGCGAAAAGAGGUAGCUUUUUCCUCUCUUCAGAGUUGACAAUAACAAGAAGAAGAAUACAGUUACUUCGUUAAUAAUAAUUCCCCGCAUUUUGGAGAAACAGGCGGAGAUGGCAGGAGGGUCUGGACGAAGGAGAAGAACCGACCAGAAAUCUGAACCUGGAGAAAAGAGAUCCAGGCAAAAUCGAAGAAGAACCCCCUCAUCGACGGCGACGGCUGCACCUGGUUCUUCGCAACUUUUGUCAACACCACCACCACCACCAUCGUCGUCAUCAGCAUCUCAACAACCCAUCAACCUUACCUCAACUUCUUCCGCUAUUGGGAAUUUAAAUGGCAUACCUUUGGGGCUACCUCAUCAUCCAAAUCCCAAUCAAUACUUUCCCUGCUGUCCAACGAACAACAACCUUCCAACCUUCCACCACUUUCAAGAAAACCACCACUUGUUGCAACCCUCGAAUACCGUUCAUCACUUUGGCGUAGCACAGCAACGACCACAACCUCCUCCUCCUCCAAACCUCCCUGCAGUUGGUGGCAGCUCGAGAUCUCUGACAGAGUUCAGCAAAGGUGGAGAAAGUGAAAUUCACAAGAAGCAUCGCAAGCACCGCGACGAAGAGGUGAGGAGCAAUACUUUGGAGUUGGGGUCGAGAAAGCAGCAUAAUCAGCAUACGACGACUCAGCCACAACUACACCUUCCACCACCACCACCUCUGCCACCAGUCAAUGGGUACAACAUCUUUCCCCCACCACCGCCACUGCACAACAGGGGAAAGUUUUUUGGAACGGGUUGUGACUCUCGGCAGCAACAACAACCAGCCCAUCAGUUUCAAUUCCACCAUCCAGCAGUGCACCCGUACCAAUGGUUUCCUGCUCCCGAACAGGUGCAAGCCGGUUAUCAAACCGUUAAUGUAUCCAAUCUGACUGGAAUUAACCAUGUUGGCAGCGAUUCUAACAAUAUUAGUCUGAAUUACGUACUGAACGAGAAUCCCCCUCUCCACCACGUCCCAGGGAAAGCAAAUCAAGUCGACUCUGCACCCGCUUCAAAGCCCAACAACAUUGAAGGCCAGCAGUAUUUCCCCCACAAAAGAGCGUCCGCUCAGCCGAGACCUUUCAUCCCGGAAAUAAGCAUUAGUGCCAUCAAUCUCAACAGUAAGAAUCAUGGUAUGAGCUUUCCUCCGCCCUCCAAAGCAUUAAGUAUUCGUCAUCAAUACAAUCCUCAGCAUAACCAAUUAAGAGAAAGCGGUGGAGGUACUAAUGUGACCCCGUCCGCUUAUGGACCAUCCACUUCUUCGCAGCCCAUCAAUUUGAAUAGUAGAACUACUGCUAUCCGACCACCCCCCGUCUACCCCUGUGGGCCCGAAGUACUCCACCCCCUUCAUCACCCGCAACAACAACAGCAACAGCACCACCCUGCCCACAAUAAGAUCACUUGUGAGCCCUUGCAACUAAAUCCAAAUGGGUUCAAAUCAUCCGGGUCACCAGAAAUAACCGUGAUUGUCACUCAGCCAGAAGUGACCGUUACAAGGACAAAUAAACCCAUCCUGGACGAGAACGUGGAUCUGUCAAAAUUGAACUAUUUGAGCCGUUUGGCGUGCGAAGUGGGGAAACUGGACGUUGGAUCGGACACGAGGCAACAACGCGUCACGGAAAUCCUGACCAACAAAUCUAAUCUUAUGAUUCUUCCUCUUAUUCGAAAAGAAGAGAGAAAUCGCCUACGGCAAGCUUCUGAGACAGAUUCGUCCGAUUCAUCCCCUGCAAUUAUCGUCACGGCCAUCAACGGGAGGCCAAUUUCGUCCGACCCGACGACAGUAAACAACAACAAUCACCACGCAAAACACAUGGGAGUGUAUCAUACGAUGGCCAAUGGAAAUGAAAGCAUGAUUGGGGGAGGUGGGACAGGGCUGCGGAUCAAGCAGGAAACUGUGGAUAAUAAUCAACAACAACACCACCCACGUGAGGACUACCAGGUAAAUGGUGUUGACCCUGCCGCUAAUUCAAAUUGUGGGAACAACAACAGCAUUAGAAGAAUUAUGGCGUCACAGGGUCAAUCAAACAAUGAGUCAACACCACGUGGCGGACCCCCAACUCCUCCACCAGAGCUAAUCACGCCAGAAUUGUGGUUAAAGAAACAGGGAAAUCGACGAGGCAAGAACAAGCAGCAGGGACUGUCCCAAGCUACUGGUCAUGGAGAUGAUCAUCCCCCAAAUACGGUUCCCCAAAUUAAAACUUCACCCGACGUAGAAAUCAGUUACCAUCAUUCCACCACCCAUUCUACGUCCAGUACGACUUCGCCCUCUGUAGAUUCACAACAUUCGCAACAUUCCGCAGCAAACUCACUUUCUCCAAAUCAACAACAGAGCAUUCUGAAUCAUCAUCAGCAACAACAGCAUCAUCAACGCUCUUCAUAUGGACCAGAUCUAACUAUCCAUGACCAGUCGUCUCAACAACAAAGGGUGCAACAGCUUCCCCUGAAGGGUCGAUUGCAUCCUGGGUACAAUGCGAACAGUAAUGCCGCUAAAGCUGCUGAAAGAGAAGGACGGCGUCGAGCAAUGAGUCCACCCGUCAUGGUGGAUCAGUAUGGUGACCGGGGGAUGCAAUUUGGGGCACAAAGAGGCUCUCGAGGAGUUCACCAAAGUAAUAACCCCAAUAGCUUUGGAAAUGCAGCCCCACAACCCGUUCCUCGAAAAAGGUCUCGAGGCAAUUCCAAUUCCGUCGCGACCAACGCAAAUGUCAAUGCGGCGAAUAAUGCGAAUAACAACUUACACAAUAACUUUCUCCAGAUGGAGUUUGUCCCACAUCCACACCACCUGACAAUGCUGCAAAUGGCUGCAAUCUCAGCCAUGCAAGGAAUCAACUUUAACUCUGCGGGUGCACCCUUGACACCUUACAUUCAGCAUCACGCCCAUCCCCCUCAUGCCCUCCCCCCUCCCCCGAAUGGCGGUCAUGGCCACCAGGAACAGCACAAACCUUCACGAAGUAAGAACAAGAACAUGCUGAUGAACUCUACUGGAGGAGGUAUGAUGAAUGUACAUGGAAAUAACAACCCUCACUUUCCCCCAGGACUCUCAGAGAUUAAUGCAAACAGUGAGAUUGCUCGAGCCCUGAAUGGGCAACAACACGCCAUGUCGCCACAUAUUGUCCACCACGGUCCUCGCCCUCUCCCUCCGCCAUCGUCCAUGGUUAUGCAACAGCAAGGGCACGGGCCAGCAGCCACAGGAGCAUUGAUGACCCACUCCGGUCUCCACGCUGGUGGAUUAAUGAUGUUUUCACCAAAUCAGAAACAAGGUUGCUCCGGCAACGCGUCCAUUUCCAAUUUGCACCUCAGCUCUCUAGGACUUUCUCCCGGCUCCUUGAUGGGACUGAGCUCACCACCACAUCCUCAACAACAACCAACCCCGGCACCACUGCUUGGACAGGAAAAUGGAGAAAUUAACAUCAAUCAUGCUGCUACCACAGCAAAUUCAGCCGGGAACGAUAAUCCUCCUAUCACUCCCCCUGAGGAAAUUUGCAACCUUACCAACAACGGGGGAGGAGUUUGCAACAACUCGCCAAAUAACAAUGUUCACUUGAAUGCAUUGGUUCACGUUCCCCAGCACGAUGCUGGCGAGGGCAGUGGUGGAGACUGCUUAGCCUUGGUUAUGAAAUCUUGCCAUCAACAAACAGAAAGACAAGGUAUGACUUCGAGCUCUUCAUCGCCAGCCUCGACCUGCACCACUUGCACCCAAACUGACCCUGACGAGGUUAAAAAGGAGGAUGCUGGGAACGAAAAGGAGGAAGGAAGUGGGAGGAAGAAGAAGAAGAAGCCCAAGGUAAAAGUAAGCCGGGGAAGCAGCAGCAGUAGUAGCAGCAACAACAGUGGGAGCGGAAAUGAGUUUUCCGCGUAUCCAUUCCUCCCACCCGUCACACUGCUUAUUCCGUAUCCUGUCCCCAUCCCAGUUCCAGUUCCACUCCCAUUCUUCCUCCCCAGCAGCAGCUUCAACUCCAUCAAGACCGAGCAACAAAUAGUGCAACAACCAAGCAAUGAGGAGGAACAAGUUGUUGCAGACGUUAUUGCCAACUUGGGAGAGAAUGCAAACAAUAACGCCUCGCCACCACCACUACCACAACCACCCGCAAAUGGAGAAGGUAGUAAUGAACCACCAGGCGAAGAGAAUGUCUGUAAUGAAGAACUCAGCGAUGCGGACUUGCAUGACCAGGAAAUUAAGACUGCCAUCGAACUAUCUUUGCAAGAAGUGGCCAUGGAGAUUGAAAUAGUUCCGGAAGAAAUGGCGGAACUUGAAAUUGGUGACCAACUUGGGGACGAAUAUUUGCGAGACCAAUUGGUUCAAGUAGAAAUGGGGGGCGAGGGAAGAGAUGAGAUUUUCCUGGAAUGCGAAGACGAGAUGAUGAAUACCAUGGACAACAACAACCAGGAGACGGAGACGGAGGAGGACAACAAGAGCGUGAUUGGUGAUGAAAGGGAGGAGGAAAUAAUCAGAGGGGAAGUGGAAAUGGUCGAUGCUCAGGAUAAUGAGAAUUCUCAGAACUCUCCACCAACCAACGAUUUCAACUUCAAUGGUGAUGAGGAUAAUGAUAGUGAAAAUCCGAAUCUGGGCAUUCAUCAUCAAACCAGCCCAGCAGACGGAGACGAGGCGAUGAAAAUGGAUUCGGCACAACAACCCAUGGAUAAUUGAACCUCUUCCUGGAAAUCAUAAUUAAGUUUUAUCGAAAAAUAUGUGCGUGGCGUGUCUGGCGGAACGGUUUCUCGUACCAUUUCUCUUCUCUCCUUCGUCAUCUUCUUCUUCUUCUAAUCAACUUCUGAUGACUGACAUUAUAUUAAUUCCGUUUUACCCGUGUCUCUUUGGUCUGUCUCUCUUUUUCUGUAGUCAGUCAGUCAGCGAGUGAAAGUCCAAGAUUAAUAGAAGAGAAUCUCUGGAGCAUUCCUUCCCAUCAGUUCGAAUGUAUAAUGUAUAUCAUAA